AUGCAAAAGACUGAUAAUUAUUAUAAAAGCAGAAUUUCUACCGAGUUUUCAGCGUUCGAAAGAGGUAUUGCAUCAACUUCAACCUCUAAUGGAGCAUUGACAUCUGAAUGUAGGAUGGGGUUCACUUUGAGUGCGGUCAAUAAACUGGAGGAUACAAGACGUCUUGACGUUAUGGUUUAUCCCAUAUGA